AAUUUUUACUCGGCGAUGUUAUAAAUAAGUUGUUUUGCUCUAAAGAAAUUCUAAACAAACAAUAAUACAAGGUAAUUUUUUUAAGUGGAAUUUGACUUUAAACGAUUUAUUCUAAAAAUGAGUAGGUGCAUAUUUUAAAUAGCACCUUCAUAUUCUUAACAAGGUUUCUCGAGACAUCAAGGUAAAUGGAUGAAGUUGUCAUUUGAAUUAACCGCGAGAUAUUCCUGAUGCGUAUGCGACGGCGAUCUGAAGGGUGGUCUUUUUGUUGAGUUAUUGGCGUUUCGAAGAAAUGUUAAGUUUGUUUUUGUCUCUUAGAAGCUACUCUGAUAAUCCAAUUUGAUACUGGGAAGUGCAACCAGACAUCACAAAUGUCCCGACUCGUUAAUUGGCUUGUUAUCCUAAUUUAAUUGUAGCCCAAUGACCGCGUGUAGCUUUUACAUUGAUUGAUUGAUUUCGCGCGUUUCGUUUAUUCUACGGCGUCUGAAGUCGCGUUUCUCACUUCUAGUGUGGAAGUGAGAUUGCUUUUAGUUGUGGUGGUUGGUAAGGGCUGUGUGUUUUUUCGCUACAAUUUUUUUAAGGGCACGCGUUUCAUAUAGCGCCUUCCCCAGGGUCGCCCGAAGGUGUGCGUCUUUCUGCAGACUUCGCUGUAAGCAGCAGCAGGUGCGAGUCCUCUGGUAUGCGCCACACGCACUCUCAGGCAUGGAAACCCGAAAUUGACAAGCAGCUUCAUUCCAGCUGUUCGAUGUCUGACCUGCAUCACCCAGAGAGCUGUUCUGAUAGGAAAGACGAAGAGGACUUGAGCUGUUUCUUGGACUUGGACUUUAUCCUUGCCAACACCGCCUCCAGUUCAGAUUACCAGGGGCAGCCUGUCCAGUCUGGCUCGCUCUUCCAAGCUUCUGUCUCCAACGGGUCUUUCGAUGUUGUCGGCCAGUGCGGCCCACCUCCGCCGUACAGCUCCAGUCUUAUGGCAGAACUGUUAAGACCCGAGAUGGACACGAACUACGGCAACAUCCAGGGACGGUUUCUAGUCACGUCUUUCCAAAGCCAGGACUUUGCCGACAUCAAACCUGAACCCAACAUGGACAGUUACGGACCAGUGAUUGGCAUGGUGCCACAAUCCUGUUCAAAAAUUAAGCAAGAGGGCAAUGCCUCCUGCAUGUUGGCAUUUGAACAACCCCGGAUAGCCAACUCUCCGCAAGCGACGGGCAACAUCACCCCGCCGCUGAGCCCUAACGACCUGAUGACCGCCGACUGCCAGACCCAGAUGUGCCACUCGUUGCCCUUCCAGCAGGGCUACCACUCCUCUCAUCAGAGCUUUCCGCCGCCUGUGCCGCUGCAGUACCAGGGCGCCCACCCGUUCGGCCUUUACGAGGAGGCGCUGGGCCUUCAGCCGACAGCCCAGAGGGUGAUGCUCACGCCGCCGUCCUCGCCGCUGGAACUCAUGGACGCCAAGCCAAAGAGGGGUCGGCGAACGUGGCCGAGGAAACGAACGGCCACACACACGUGCACGUUCGUGGGCUGCGGCAAGACGUACACCAAGAGCUCGCACUUGAAAGCCCAUCACCGAACUCAUACAGGUGAAAAGCCUUAUCACUGCACGUGGGAAGGCUGCGGAUGGAAGUUCGCCCGAUCCGACGAGCUGACCCGACAUUUCCGCAAGCACACGGGCCACCGACCCUUCCAGUGCCACCUGUGCGAGCGGGCCUUCUCGCGGUCCGACCACCUGGCAUUGCACAUGAAGAGGCACAUGUGAGCGGACUGGACUGGACUCGGCUUACAAACUGGACCUUUAUUAUUAUUAUUUUUUUUUAUACUCGGUUAUUUAAUUUUUAAGGAAAAGCCAUAUGUUAUUGUAAAAUAAUAAAUAUGUAAGCAAAAUCUAUUGUAGCUGGUACUACCUGGUUGGACGAAGAAUUUGCAAAAGCCUUUUCAACAACCGAACCUCUCCAUAAGGCUGGUCCUCCACCAUCUCGAAACUUAAAGCAAACCCUUAUGCAAACUGAAGACUGGAACACUUUUUUUAACAAGUUCUGUAUUUGUGUUUAACGCUUUUUUUUUCAUUUUUAAGUGCCUUCAUGUGACGCGACACUUUUGUUAAGGUCGUAUUUUUCUCUGGGGUUAUAUUGACAGGUUUAUAUUCGCUGUAAAAUAUAAACUGCAAAAAAAAAAAAAAAAUGCCUUUUGUAUAACUUGAUGCUUAAUUUUACUGUUUAAAAUUGUGCCUUCAGGAAAAAAAAAAACUGCCUCCCCCCCCACCGCCCCAGUGGGUGGGGUUAUUUUUGAAUGUGUUUUCAAAAGCCAAAUGAAGUCAGGGUCUUCCAAGAAAAACAAAUGUCAUUAUUAAUGUAUUUAAAGGAGUUGCAUAUUCAGUAUUAGUCUGUGCCAGAUUCAAUCACACUAUUGACGCAGGGUUGCAUACUUAAUGCUAAGUGUAGAAAUCCAUGUAAAUAUGUGUAAAUGUAAAUAUUGUAUUUUUAUUGUAAAUAUUAAACUAAAUGAGCUGAAUUUUUUGACUCAUCUUUUUAGAAUAAAAUUUAUACAAAUUGUA